GUCUGCACUAAGAUCAGCCUCGAUCAAUCGAUUAGCUGAUCAACAGCAAAUUAAACUAUUUUAGCGAUUUGUGAAGUAAAAAUGCCCCACCCAAAGCCCGUUAUAAAGGCUGCUUGUUACGUUAUACCGGGUGUGGGAAACUGUGAAGGGCAUUUUCACCAUUUUCACUGAGAAAAUAUCAUUCAGAUUAAUCUAGAAGCGAUUAAUCGUUAGUUUCCGCCCCAGUCUGAUGAUGACAGGAUGUGAAAACUGAGGUCUUCUUCUGUGCUCCUUUUCCCCCUUCGGUUCGGAACACAUUUAAUGUGAAAAUGCUGUCCAGUUAUUUACCCGAGAAGGAGUCAAGCCUGAGAAAACAAGCAUCUCUGUGUAAAAGUGAAGCAUUGAAACCCAAGACUCCAUGUUUUCAUAGCGGAAAUGCUUUACACUGAGAGUGUGUGCACGACUUCAACACUUCCCUCCCUCUUCAUAAGUACAUGCAGGAUGGGUAUGUGGUCCUGGACGGGCUGCUGACCCCCCAGGAGUGUGACGAGCUGAGGCAAAGGAUGGCGGAAAUCGUGGAGGGGAUGGACGUCCCAGGGCACUGCCGCACCACCUUCUCCACCUACCACGACGAGCAGCUCAAAACACAGGGAAAUGCUGACUAUUUCAUCACCAGUGGAGAUAAGAUCCGCUUUUUCUUUGAGAAAGGAGUCUUUGAUGACAAAGGGGAAUUCAUCGUACCAAAACAGCGGUCACUAAAUAAAGUCGGACAUGCACUACAUGCCUAUGAGCCAUUGUUCAAAAAGGUGACCCAUUCACCCAAGGUUCAGGGCAUCGCCAAGAAGCUGGGGCUUGUCAGUCCUGUGGUACUGCAAAGCAUGUUCAUUUUUAAGCAACCAGGGAUUGGUGGAGAAGUGACGCCACAUCAGGAUGCCACGUUUCUGUACACGGAGCCCCUGGGCAGAGUCAUGGGGGUGUGGAUCGCCCUGGAAGAUGCCACUGUUAACAAUGGCUGCCUGUGGUUUAUCCCGGGCUCGCAAAGGAGUGGCAUUGCUCGUCGCAUGGUGCGCACCCCACCGGGCACCUUUCCCCUGACAGACUUCAUCGGUCGAGAGCAGGACUAUGAUGAUGAGAUGUUUGUCUCUGUACCUGUUAAAAAAGGUGGUGUAGUGCUGAUCCACGGGGAGGUGGUGCAUCGCAGUGCUGAAAACACCUCAGAGGACUCUCGCCAUGUCUACACCUUCCACAUCAUGGAAUCCCAGGACGCCCGCUGGAGCGCUGACAACUGGUUGCAACCCACUGAAGAGCUCCCGUUCCCGCUUCUCUACACUAAAUGAAGGAUGUUUUUCAUUUUUUUUGGCGUUUGGUACCACCUUUCACAUGAGGACAGCCAAUGGACCAACACUGACGGUUUGAACAUGUUUUAACCAUUCCUCACAUUGUGUGACACCUUCUGUUACUCUGAGCUACCUGUGGACUGAGUGUUACUUCAACAGCCAAACCAAUACAGGAUUAGCAAUGACUGACCCACACUUUGAUUAAUGUUUUUAAACGAGAAUUGUUAACAGACUGGAGAAAUAAGUUGAAUAAACUUUUUGAUGAACUUUC